GUGGGAACUACCGGCUGCCUGGACGCCACGUGCCGGCGGGUGGAGAAGCGUCCGGGCUUCAGGGUGCUGCAACGUCGGAAGAUUACCUCCCAGGCCUCCUUCGCCCUGAGAGGUGAGCAGAUUGGGAUGGUACCUGGGGAAGCCCCUGAGUCUGCCCAGUGCCUGUGCCCUUCGCUGGCUGGCCCGAAUGCCAAGGAUGUGCUUCGGAGAAAACACAAGCGAAAGAGCCGACAGCACCAGCGGUUCAUGGCCCGGAAGGCCUUGCUGCAGGAGCAGGGGCUGCGGAGCGCACCCCCAGAGCCAGCAUCCUCCCCACCGCCCGUGCCAUGGGGGGCACCGCCGGGCACUGAGGCUGCCGGCCGUGGGAGGCAGCAUCCCAGGGAUGGAUCCGGAGGUGCCCCGGGCAGCGGAAAGUCCACCCCCAGGGAAUGUGCUGGGCCCUGGCCCAGCAAGUGCGUGGCUAUCGACUGUGAGAUGGUGGGCACGGGACCCCGAGGGCGGGUGAGUGAGCUGGCCCGCUGCUCUGUGGUGAGUUACCACGGUGACGUCCUCUACGACAAGUACAUCCGGCCUGAGAUGCCCAUCGUGGACUACCGCACUCGCUGGAGCGGCAUCACUCGGCAGCACAUGAGCAAGGCCAUCCCCUUCCAGGUGGCCCAGAAAGAGAUCCUCAAGCUCCUGAAGGGCAAGGUGGUGGUGGGGCACGCCCUGCACAACGACUUCAAGGCCCUCAAGUACGUCCACCCUCGGAGCCAGACGCGGGACACCACGUACGUCCCCAACCUCCUGAGCCAGCCUGGUCUCCACACCCGGACCCGGGUCUCUCUCAAGGACCUGGCCCUGCAGCUGCUGCACAAGAAGAUCCAGGUGGGCCAGCACGGGCACUCGUCGGUGGAAGAUGCCGCAACGGCCAUGGAGCUGUACCGGCUAGUGGAGGUGCAGUGGGAGCGGCAGGAGGCCGGCCGCUGCGCCCGCCCCGAGGACAGGGAGCCUGACAGCAGCACGGACAUGGAGCAGUACAUGGAGGACCAGUACUGGCCCGAGGACCUGGGCGCGGGCACCGGCGGUGGGAAGGGGGAGACCCAGGGCAGGAGGGUGUGA